AUGGACGCGAUCGAAAGCAUUUUCCGUCACUUCCAAAUGAACACUGUAGAUGUCCAACGAAAACUAAACGAUGAUUCAAGCGCUAGUGCGUUGUUUGAUAUGCUGCUGUUUUACGAAUCGACGAGUUUAUUGAAUUGCUCGAGGAAUACGAUGGGCGCGAGUGCUUGGAUUAGUCUUUCGCAGCUGGUGAAACGGAGUGAAAGACUACACACGCUGAACGCCUCCUACAACCACAUCCCCGACGCGGUGAUUCCUCCCUUCUCGAGGGCCCUCAGAUCCUCACUCAACUUGUCGGUGCUUCAUUUAGAAGGAUGUCAUCUAACUGGAAGAUCAAUUGCGUUAAUUUGCGCUGGGCUGAGGACAAAUCAAACGUUGACGGAGCUGCAUCUCAUGGACAACAAGCUGACCAUUCCAGACACGCAACACAUCCGCGCGCUUCUAACGCUUUCGAAAACGCUAACGCUGCUCGACCUGCGGAACAACCAAAUCCAAGACUCAGGCCUUUUCCACCUCUGCGACGGGCUCAAACAUGCGAAUUGCAAGCUUGAAACGCUCUGCUUAUGGAAUAAUCAGCUGACUGCUGUGGCUAUGGCGCCGCUUACAGAAGCACUUCUGGAGAAUAAGACGCUUUCGAUGCUUAAUUUGGGCCAGAACGCUAUAAUGGAUCAAGGUGCUAGCACGUUAAAAAUGGGUCUCCAAGGAAACUCAACUCUCCGCCGCUUAGGGCUCGUUGGCUGCAAGCUCUCAGAUUGCGGAGUUAUCGCCAUCGCAGAAUAUCUGGCUGAAAGUAGCGCGAUUCAACGACUAGACUUGAGAAAUAAUGACAUCAGUUUGGGAGGACUGAUGGCGCUUUCGUUGUCGGCGCGGGAAAAUAAGUCGGCGAAGCGGAUUGAUUUGGACAAGCCGGCGAAAGAUCCUGACUUGCCGCAGGAACUGCUGCAGAGACAGAAUGAACUGUGGGAUGAUUUGGGACUCUAUGCGAUGCGGAAUAGAGGCGCCGAGAUGACCAGGACGAUGUCUGAAGCCACAGUGACAAGUCCCGCCGCCCAAAACGGCGAGCAUCAGACGAUCGAAUUCGACUACCGCGACGAACCAACUCAACUGUGCUCAAAGCCAAUUCCCAUUUCGCCAAAACAAGCGCUCGACGAGCUCGAUGUUGAGAAAAGUCUUCCUCCAGCGAGUCCGCCGAAAGACGAAGAAGGUUCGCUGCCGCUAGAAAGCGAGGAGAAUCCUCUUGAUCUACAUGUAUCCCGCGACGAAGUCGACACUCAUGAAAAAUUCGAUGUGCAAUCUGAAGGUCUAAGCGAAUAG